AAAAGGAAACAGGAAAUGGAAGAACGAGAAGAAAAUAAUUGCAGAUUCGAACAGCCAGAGAAACAAAGAGCGAGAGAUAGAGAGAGGCCGAAGACGAAAUCAGCGGCCGAAGUAGGAAAGAAGAAAAAAGUCCACCGGCGGCGAAUUUCCUCUAUCGCUACGAUCUCCGGCGGAAUUUUCUCAGCCCCCUUUCCCCCUCUUUCCUUUCUUUCCCUUCGAAUAAUCAAUCCCCAAACCUAGUCCCUUUUUCUGUCCGUCGACUUUAAUCAUGUUAGAUAAUUGGCCUAUCUCUCUGUAAAUUUUGUCUUUCUGGAUCCUUCAAUCUGUGUUACUUCUUCUUCGCCAACCGCCAUUUUUUAGAUCUAUAAGCUUGAAGCUGAUCCAAUCUUCGCCCCUGAAUCGGGCUGCUGGUAGAUCCGAACAACUUGCUCGAAUUCUGUUCCGGCGCGGGGAUCCAUGGACGAUUUUCCCGGCCUCUUAGCGCGGGACUUUGGAUUCAAGCCGCAGGGGAAGUCUGCUCCCAUGGCGCCACCCGCGCGCAAUUCCAGCAACAGCAACGCCUUCGCUUCGUCGUUCGGAUCGGAGCCGACCCGGUCCGCCUCCUCCCUAUCUGGUAAAUCGGCUCCGAUCUUCGACGAUCACGAUCGCGUCGGCGGGGGAGCGGACGGUCUAAUGUUCAACGACGUAUUCGGCGGGCCGCCGAAGUAUGGGGAAUCGCGUGGCGGCAGGAGCGGGAAUGCCGGGUCAUCUUCGUCUGCCGCUACUUCUUUCGACUACGACGCAAUCUUCAAGGACCAGAAUGCCAAGUCGUCGUCGCUUCCGGUUUUCGAUAAGCCGGUGUACGACGAGGACAUUUUCGAUGGGUUGCCUGGGCUGAAGAGUGCGUCGGUGACUUCUUCCACGGCUAAGUUCCACGACGAUGUGUUUGCUGCUGUUGGUGGUGGUUCUUCUCCCAAACACAAGUCGAUGAACAGCUCCGCGUUUGAUGAUCUGUUGGGGAAUCUGGGUAAGAAAGGGGCGGAGACCAAGAGAGAGGCUCCUUCCAAAGUGGAGAAAGAUUCUCCUGCAUUUGAUGAUUUGCUUCCUGGCUUUGGUCGCAGUAGCUCUCCCAGCAUAAGCAGGUCAACUUCUGAGUCCAGUCAGGCCAGACCAUCUACCAAUUCAGCCAAGACUGCUCCUGCUACAAUUGACGAUCCAUUUGUAGUGUUAGAGUCAACAUCAACUCCUGCAGCAGCAUCCUCUGGAGGGUUUGUCGAUCCAUUGGAAGAAAUCGGUAGAUUCAGUAGCUCAGGAAACACAAGAGUUAAUAGCUCACGCGUACAUAAAGGAUCAUUUGAUGACUUAGAUCCUCUUGAAAAUCUUGGAAAAUCUGUUCCAUCAGCUUCAAGUGAGGUUAACGAGAGGCGGAAGAACAGGAGUCCGUUAAGAUCGGAAGCCAGCAUGGGUCGUAGUUUUUCUCCUGUUAGUCAGGAUCCAGUCGACAAAUAUCCUGUGGAGAAUUCUGGGAGAUACUCACAGAACAAGGCUCCCAUUGAUAAUUUUCAGGAAAAUCCUUUUGGUCCGACAGAGUCUAGUAAAGCAGCCAGUGCUCCUCCACCUUCAUAUGCCAGCUUCUCAGCUAAUGAUACCUUUCCAUCUCCAGUAGCUGACGAGGUCACAGAAUCAACUGAUGAGAUAUGGCUAACCGUUUCAGAAAUUCCUCUGUUUACUAAUCCUACUAGUGCUCCUCCGCCUUCUAGGCCUCCACCUCCAAGACCACCAAGGUCGAACGCGAGAAAGAAGUUUAAUGAAUACUCUUUCUCUAGAUCACAAAGUCCUAAGACAGAGCAAGGAUCGAGAAGCUCCACAACUCCAAUUGACGAACUUGAAGAUUUUGCCACUGGCAGGGCCCAAAACAAUAAUGUAAAUGAUCAUGGAAACACUUUUGCUGGUGAUGAUGUGGACACAAAUUCUUCUUCGGCUGCUGCAUCUGCAGCUGCUAUGAAGGAUGCUAUGGAUAAAGCAGAAGCUAAAUUCAGGCAAAUGAGAGAGAGGGAGUAUCUGAAGGCUGCUAGAAGUAAGGAUUCCAGUCAGCAGGACAAAGAUAUGCUAGAAGCACAGCAAAGAGAACUCAGAGAAAGGCAAGAGAGACUAGACCGUGAAAGGCAGCAGAGGGAGAAGGACGAGGAGGAUAGAGAACAGAGGAGACUUCGUGAGAUGGAGAGGGAAGAGAAGGAGAGAGAGCAGAAGAGGCAAGAAAGAGAAAGGGAACGACUCGAAAGGGAAAGAGCCAGACAAGCAGUAGAAAGGGCCACUAGAGAGGCACGCGAAAGAGCAGCCAUUGAUGCUCGGGUUAGAGCUGAAAGGGCUGCUGUAGACAAAGCCUCUUCCGAAGCUCGAGAAAGAGCAGAAAGAGCUGCUGUUCAGAGGGCACAAUCCGAAGCUCGCGGAAGGGCAGCAGCAGAUGCUAAGGAAAGAGCAGAAAGAGCAGCAGCAGAAGCACGAGAGAGGGCACAAGCUGAAAAGGAAAGGGAGGCCCGAGCUAGAUCCGAACGUGCUGCAGUAGAAAGAGCAGCUCAAGAAGCUCGAGAAAGAGCAGCUGCUGCUGCAGCAAGGGCAAACCAACAAAAAUAUGAUGCCCAACCCAAAAAUGAAAAUGAUCUUGAAUCAUUCUUCAGUUCUCGACCGAGCAGCGCUCCACGACCUCAGGCAACCACUUCUGAUCCGUUCUUUAAUACCGCUAGCAAGGGACCUCCUGAACCACCUAAGAGGACUUCUGUUGGUUCUUCAUCUAACAUGAGAAAAGCAUCUUCAACUGCAAACAUCGUUGACGAUCUGUCUUCUAUUUUUGGAGCUUCUGGAGGUGGACAAUCUGGAGAUUUCCAAGAGGUUGACGGGGAAACAGAAGAAAGACGAAGAGCCAGGCUGGAACGCCACCAAAGAACUCAGGAGCGCGCAAAGCAAGCAUUGGCUGAGAAGAAUCAGCGUGACCUUCAAGCACAGAGGGAACAAGAAGAGAGACAUAAAAUUGGUGAAACUCUGGACUUUGAGAUCAAACGAUGGGCUGCUGGGAAAGAAGGGAAUCUACGUGCUCUACUAUCAACAAUGCAAUAUGUAUUGUGGCCUGAAUGUGGUUGGCAGCCGGUUUCCUUGACCGACCUGAUUACUGCUGCGUCCGUCAAAAAAGUAUACAGGAAAGCAACUUUAUGCAUUCACCCUGAUAAAGUGCAACAGAAAGGUGCUAAUCUUCAACAAAAGUACAUUGCUGAGAAGGUCUUCGACUUGCUAAAGGAAGCAUGGAACAAGUUCAAUUCGGAGGAGCUAUUUUAAAACCUCAUUGCUACGCGAAAGCGACACAACUUCAUAUCAGGGAAUUCCACCAGUCAGUUAGUGUGUGGAGUGACGCUGCAAAGCCCCUGGCCAGCUCGGUUUACUGUGGAGUAUCGUCCACCGCAAGUAAGGGCCUCAUGGAAGUCAAGGACAGGUUUCACUUGCAAUAUGAAUGAUACUGCCCCUUUCUCGAGGCGUGAUUAUAUACUAAUCUCCUGUCAUGCAAGCUUGGUUCAUCGAUAUGUAAGCUGGGAAUCCCUGUACUCUAUUUAGAGACAAAUCUGCGGCAGCGGUCGCCCGAAGCCAAUGUGCACUAUAUGAAAGGCAGAUUUUGUGUUUAUUCUUUCUCUUCAUAGUCAAUAUUAUUUUUUGAGGGGGGUGCUGUUUUCUAAUUUACUUAUAUUUUGGUGGGUUGAUUAUGUUGAGUCGACAGGGGGAUCUUAUUGUAUUCGUAUACGUCGACGAUCUUGAUGGCUAUGUUUGAUUAAUUGAUUUGAUAUGUCGAGCUGAUAACACGAGCUGUUUUUAUUGAUUUGAUAUGUUGAGCUGAUAACACUGGAGCUGUUUUUAUUUGUAACUCAUUUUUUCAUAUCUUGGUUGCUCUUAUUCGAAUCUUGCAACAGUUUCUCAUUAAUACGAAGUGUUACUUCGGUUUCUUCA